AUGAACCAGGUUGGACAAACACAUCGCCGAGGUGAGUCGGUGUUGGCUAUCAGCCGUUCUGCUUGCGCAUCGCUCGAUUCGGAUGGAGAUAAUGACGAGGGAACAGGAUGGGGCUCGGAAGAAUUGACUUGGGACAGUGAAAUUUUGAUUGGGCUUGAUGACGAUGGUCUACCCGGUCUGAGAUAUCAUUUGACCCAGUCGCCUGAGAACUCCUGGCGUAAUCGCACCCUUCUACCGAAGAUGGUUUGGAAGACGAACAUCCGUGCGCGUGUGCCGGCGAAGGAGUCACUGAACGCGGAAGUGUGUGAAGUGGGAGCCGAGGUGCCCAGCGACGUAGAUAUCUCACCUCAGUCAAAACGUGCGCGUGCGUCCGAGACGUAG